AUGGCGGCCAAGCGCUCAUUUCAUCAGGUCGCGAAACAAGUGGCCACGCGCACCUUGCUCUUAUCGGAUGGCAAGGUGAUCCCCGCAAUAGCGUGGGGUAACGGCACUGGCGGCCUGGCAAAGGGUGGCGACCGCGCAGUCCUCGGCGGCCAACUAGCACUUGAAGCUGGCAUUCGACACCUCGACACGGCCCAGUCGUACCACACCGAGGCGGAGACGACGGCGGCCAUCGGCGCCACCGGCUUGAAGAGGAGCGAUGUGUUCGUUACGGAUAAAAUAUCGCGCAACACGUUCAAAGGAAAGGAGAGGACGCGGGAGAAUGUGCGCGAGAGCGUCAUCAACUCGCUCGACAAGCUCGGAAGUAAACCCGACCUCUUGCUCAUUCACGAUAUUAGGGUGCCGGACCAAGGCAAGAUUCCAGAGUUCUGGAGAUAUCUCGAGGAGAUGGUUGAGGAUGGGACGCUGGGCGGCGUGUCCCUUGGCUUCUCCAAUUUCCGACCACAGGAUAUCGAAGCUGUGAUGAGCGUUGCGCGCAUCAAGCCCGUCGUCAACCAGGUCGAGUUCCACCCAUACGUAUACGCGCAUCUCGAGCCGCUCAUGGAGCUCCAGGCCCGUCAUGGGAUCACGAUGGCUGCGUUUGGCCCGCUUACGCCCAUCCUGCGUCACCCGACUGGCGGUCCACUCAAGCCUGUACUGGAGCGUAUUGGGGCUGCACAUGGCCUGGAUCCCGCGUCGGUGCUGCUUCUCUGGACGGUCCAGAAGGGUGUGGUUGCCGUCACGUCGUCCAAGAGUGAGGGCAACCUCCGGAAGAUUGGUGCCAUCAACACGCUGCCAGAUCUUUCGCUGGAAGAGAUUACGGCGAUCGAUGAGGCGGGCAAGAAGAUCCACUUCCGUUUCUACAAGGACCACAUGACCAAAGACUUUGCGGCACCAGACCUGCCGGAAGAUGUAUAG